AGUAUAAAUCUUUCUCACACCUGUUCAGUCAUCUCAGCAACACGAUGCAGCUCACAUUGAUCUUGACCUUUGGAUUAUUCUGUGUGACCAGGAGCCAGUUUGUAGGACGAUGUACUACAAAUCCACUAAUAUGCUGCAAAGGAGUGGACAGUGCAUGUAGGAGAGUAGAUUGCUACUGUGAUCAGUACUGCACCUCCAAUGGCGACUGCUGCCCGGACUACAACCUUGCAUGUGAUGCAGUUGCAGCAACAACAGCAUCUUCCAAAGUGGCAACAAGUAUUUCUGGAACAAGUUCAACAUUGUCAACCACAUAUACAUCUUUAAACUCAUCGCCCGUGAGCACAGCCAGUACUGGCACAACGAAACUGGGUGCCGUAUCUACAGUUUAUGUUACUAAAACUCCAGAUAUAAGCACAUCAAAUACUCCUAUAUUUACACAGAGCACAACAAAUAAUAAUUUAUCAAAAAUCAGCAAUCAGACAUCUUUUACUACUGGUAACACCGUUAGUGGUCUAACUGGUAUAUCCACAUCAACUACCAGUAAGUCAGCUCUUACCGUAACUACUAACACCACAAGUAAUACUUCUUCUGGAAUGAGUGCACCGAUCGCCUGGAUAUCAACCACAGUUUCAACAGUCAACAUCAUACCAACACUGGUUUCAAAAGCUCCCAAUAUUAGCAGUCCUAUGUAUAAUGUAACUGACACUCAACAGCCAACAAAAGUGACGGCAACUUCCAGCUAUACAUCUGUUGCUGCUUAUAGUGGUGCCAGUAAUUUAACAAACUCUUUGACCACAAUUAAAACAGCUGGAGCAUCAGUGUCCACAGCAACGCCAGUUAGUCCAACUGGGGCAUCAACUAUAGGCAGUAGUAGUCCUAGUGUACCUUAUAGUUCACUUUACAAUAACCUUAGCAGUCUUACAUCAGGAGUUAAUGCAACAAGCACAUUCAAAACAACUGUAAUGCCAUCAGUUAGCACAACACUAUCCGUAGCUUUGGCAUCAACUAAUAUAGCCAGCAGUCCUACAACCAUGGUGACUAUAUCACUGCGUACAACUAUGGAUAAUGUGAAUCCUAUUAAUACCUCACUUUCAGCUGUAAGCACUACCAGAACAGCUGGACCAGCACUUGGCAGCACUGUAUCACCGGCAGGCAUAGCUUCCAGUACCACAAACAACCCAGUAACAUUAACAAGCAACACAACUGCUACAAGCAGAUUAAGUGAAUCAACUGCAACCAAUAGUAGUACUUUACCUUCUCAAGUGCCAACAGUUGGCACAGCAACAUCAACAUUUGCAGUCACCUCUGGUAUCACUACCAGUCCCACAAUCAAUGCAACUACAGGAAAACAACUAUCUAAUGUAACCAUUCCAAUAAACACUACAGCUGUAGCAAACCUUGUCAACCUUACCAGUAACAUAAUGCCAACCAGUUCAGUAGGAAUGUCAACACAAAGUACAAGUAUGUCAGCACUUGGAAGCAACGCUAUACCUAUGCUAAAUGCAACAACCACCUUAAGAACAACUGAACCACAAGUCAGCACCAUAGCUUCAAGUGCAUUUCUUAAUGCAUUAAGCAGUACAACCUUACCACAGACAGCUACAACAUCACUGUCUACAACCACUGUACCAGUCUUAGGUAUAAAUACUACCCGAUCUCUCACAACAUUAGUUUUAAAUGCAAAUACAACUAUUCAGACAGCCAGCACUAGUAUUACACCUGGGUUGGCUAACACUUCCAGCAGUGCUAUUUCCUUGGUUAAUAUACCCAUCACACCUAGCGUGAGCGACCCUCCCCUAACUAGUACCAAAGCCAGCACAGUUACAACACAAUCUGCAAUGUCUUCUAGUGUGACCAACGCGCUGACCUCCAUUACAAAUGGAUCAACCACCUUAAGAACAACUGGGCCACUAGUCAGCACCAUAACUUCAAAUGCAAUCCUUAAUGCGUUAAACAGUACGUCUUUACCACAGACAGCUACAACAUCGCUGCCUACAACCAGCACAGUUACAAGACAAUCUGCAAUGUCUUCUAGUGUGACCAACCCGCUGACUUCCAUUACAAAUGUAUCAACCACCUUAAGAACAACUGGACCACAAGUCAGCACCAUAACUUCAAAUGCAAUCCUUAAUGCGUUAAACAGUACGUCUUUACCACAGACAGCUACAACAUCGCUGCCUACAACCACCGUACCAGUCUUAGGUAUAAAUACUACCCGAUCUCUCACAACAUUAGUUCUAAAUGCAAAUGCAACUAUUCAGACAGCCACCACCAGUUUUACACCUGGGUUGGCUAACACCAGCAGUUCUAUUUCCCUGGUUAAUAUAUCUAUCACACCUAGAGUGAGUGACCUUCUCCUAACUAGUACCAAAGCCAGCACAGUUACAACACAAUCUGCAAUGUCUUCUAGUGUGACCAACCUGCUGACUACUAUAACAAAUGGGUCAGUACCUUCCUCUUUAGCAUUCGGAAUAACUUCAGUUACCAGUAAAACACCUAUGACUCCAACAAAUACCACUAGCCAAGCUACUGGUGUUUCAAUACCAAGCACAGAGGCUACUGCAUCAAACAAUGGUGUACAAAAUAACACACAAACUGUUGUUCCAUCAGUCACAAUUACGACUCGCCCUGCUUUAAACAGUUUUUCUCAAGGGGUAACUCCAUCUACUUCAUCUACUGCAGCAUUCACUAUUCAGCGAAUUGCUGCAGAUGCCAUGCUACCACUGAACAAGUCAACAGAUCUUCAGUUAUCAUCUACAACAGCAAAUAUUCCUUCAAUUAUGACAAGCAAACCUGCCCAAACAUCCUUUAACACCACAAAUAGUGUCCUACAGAAUUCUACUCUUACUCAAGCAUCAUUGAUGAACUCAGGUGCUACAGGAUCUUCUCAAAUUAGUAGUACAACAGGACCUGUCACGUCAGCUCUGUGGAGUAGCUCUUCAGAAAAAGCCAGCAGCCCCGAUAAAACCUUCUUUUCAACUAAACCCUCAGGUUCUCCAGUUUCAUAUUUUUCCGAGGGACCAGUUCCAUCAACUAACAGCAACAGACCCUUCAAUAUUUCUCUUCCAACUGAAGAGACAGCUGGACCCAUUCUGGAAGUCAAAACCAGCCCAAGAAAGCUAACUGGCAAGAGGAAGAAACUUAAUUCCAUAUUAUGGCAUAUGCUGUUCUCUGAUCUCAUGAGCAGUAAAGAUUUAAGUCAGAAUGCCAGUAACGUUAAUGGUACUAAUGAGCCUAUUGGACAGCUGGAACUUCACAACCAAACAAGAGAUAAAGGCUUUAAACAUUCUGUUGAAAUUCUCCAUCUGAGUUACUUGAAAAUAAAAGGAGGCGAUGAUGAAUUAGAUUCCGGAAAGUUUAUACAUGAUAUUCGGCAGCUGCUUGAAGAGGAUGUUGAGGACCAAGGCUUUGAGCCCCCAGAAAAGGCAAAUCCCUGAUCCAAGACUACUGUUUCACUUACGCACGAAGGAAGAAUAAUAUAUGUAUUAUCACAAUGGACUUCAUAAAUUCAGAGGCUAAAUUCAGAGUACAGUAGAGCCCGUUCCUGACCAAUCCGUGAUUUGUGAUUACAUCAAUAUCCACUGUAUAUAAUUGAGUGUUUUUUAGUAGUUUCUAAAUCCUUUCUGGUAAUGAGAUGUGAAACAUGAAUAUUGUAGAACCUUUACUAGAGGAGAAAUAAAGAUUUCUAUCUUA